CGAACCGAACCGUGAGACUAGUGUAGGUUCACACCUCUACCGUCCACACUAUGCCGGAGUUUUCGAGCGCUGAAAACAGAGCUUUUUGGAAACGCAGGAGUGGCUGUUUUCAUUCUAAAAUGUUGCUGCUCCGUCUCAGUGUGGAUGGGGGGAAAACGGAGACAUCUGAAAACGGAGGCGGGGCUGCUGAGAUUUGCUACCUGAUUGGGGCUUUUGUGUCAUUGCGUAUCCUUCCCUUAUUCAUCAAGCCCCUAUUACAUGACUAUAACCAGUGUUAAUUUCGUUGACGAAGACUAUGACGAAAAUUAUUCGUCAACGAACAUUUUUUACAGACGAAAACUAAAUAAAAACUAAAUAAAAAGUCAGAUACGAUGACGAAGACGAUGACGAAAUUUAACUGACACUUUAGUCAACGAAUAAAAACGAGAGGAAAAUGUUGGGGCGGGACGAAUAGAGAAGAGAUCCAAUAAGAACUACCCUUUUGUGGGGAAAUCCAAUCAGAGCGAAUCUUUUGAGGGCAGGUUGAUCUUGGCAAAGCCAUUUUCAAAACAAAAGCCGCGGUUUUCAAGUUAUGAUGACGUUUGUUAUACAUUAUAUUUAGUUACACAUUAUACUCGGUUACAAAGCGUUGGUUAAUUUAAGUUGACUUUUCUCGUUAGCAACACGCUAAAGUUUUGUUCACUCGGUCCGAGGGCAGCGUCUCAUGAACAGAUAGACAGAAAUGUCAGAGCUUGGUCUAGGACGAAAUAGAAGAAUUGACAUCUGGUCAAACUCCACAUAUGACAACAAGGACAACAAGAGCGUCUGUAAACCAUGUGGAGUAAAAAUCGCUGGGAAAAACACCACCAACUUGAAGCGACAUUUACAGACGGCUCAUCCAGAAAUCCACACCAAGAUACAGAAGAUGUCUGAUGACCAUGGGCCAGGUGGAAAUAAAGCUAGUGAUGCUACUAGUACAACACAGCAGCAGGCCAUCUCAGAUUUCCUAAGGUCUUCAAAGUACAAGACUGAAUCAAAGGAACAACAGACCAAGGAGCAGGCCAUAGCUAGAUGGAUUGGACGGACAGGUUUACCACUCACAACAAUUGAGGAUGAGGACUUUGUGCUAAUGAUGGGGAUGAUAGAUGGGAGACUAACAGUUCCAAAGAAAACUAAAAUUAGCAAUUUAAUUGAAACACAGUAUGAACAUGAAAGACAGAAGUUCAGAGAGAGUCUGGCUGCUGCCCGGAAAGUAUCCAUUGGCCUUGACUUGUGGACAAAAAAAGGAUUGACAGCCUCAUUCCUUGCUAUAAGUGCAUGCUACUUUUGUGUUGAAAAAAGUAAACCUGCACACAUAUUGUUGGCCCUUCAACAAGUAGGUCACCCACACACUGCACAGGCUAUUAAGGCAUGUGUGGACAAAUGCAUGCAAGAGUGGACCAUACCAGUGGAGAAGAUCCUGACGGUAAUAACGGACAAUGGGAGUAACAUGGUGGCAGCCUUUAAAAACACCACAGCAGAAGAAACCAGCUCUGAGGACGACUCCCCUGGGUCCACGUUCGAAAGUGACUCUGAAAUUGAUGACCAGCGGUAUCGUCAUGUCGACAUGGAAUUGGACCGGACACCAUGUGUUGUGCAUACCAUACAACUGGUGGUCCACAUGUUGCAGAAAGAAACAACUGUCAAAAGAGUUCUCGAUAAAGCUAGGUCUGUGGUGAAGCUCUUUCGCAAGUCCUCAGUUGCAACACAAAAGUUAUUGGACCAAUGUGGUGUUAUUGUUGUAAAUGACUGCCCCACACGCUGGUCAAGCACAUUUAACAUGAUCACACGACUCCUCAAAGUCAAAGAUGCAGUCUGUCAAAUCUCAAAUGACAUGGGAUGGGACAGUUUGCUUACUAGUGAGUGGCAAAAGCUUUCCUCAUUGCAUGACCUAUUGCUACCUUUUGCAGAACACACUAAGUGUGGUUUAUUCAUAAACUAAUUUCGAGAGGAUCACGUGCUUAUA